AUUAGGGAUUACCAAUUUUAUAUAAAUUUAAUUAAUCAGGAGAGAUAGAGAGAGGCCUUUAUUUCCGCCUAUAUUUUAAACAAAACCCAUGUCAAGAUCUUGUUUUUAAUUCCCCAAAUAUUGAAGAAUAUAAAAGUUUCUUGAAACGGAAGAAGGAAUCGUAAAUAAUUGAAGGGAAUGGCAAGCGAUGAAGAUAUGACGGAGGUCGAUGAUUCCAACGGAGGUUCAUGUUCAUGCGGUAGUAAGGAUCAACGGUUGAAAGAGCGAAAAAAGAAAGUUGCUCAAACAAAGGAGAUGCUGUCGAAGCAAGCAGUUCACACAAAGGAGAUCUUGUCGAAGCAAGCCGUCAAGAUCGCUAGACAGGCUGAAGAGCAUGAAAGCUUCAUCAAUAAGGUGACGCACUUGCUUGGUGUUCUUGGCUUCGGAGGCUUCUGCUUCAUCUUGGGUGCAAGGCCACAGGAUGUUCGAUAUCUCUAUUGUUUGUUCUAUGUCAUUUUUGUCCCACUUCGAUGGAUUUAUUACAGAUACAAGAAAUGGCAUUAUUAUCUACUUGAUUUUUGCUAUUAUGCCAAUACGAUAUUCUUGAUCAUGCUUCUGUUUUAUCCCACAAAUGAGAAACUUUUCAUGGUUUGCUUCUCAUUUGCAGAGGGACCCUUGGCAUGGGCACUAAUCGUUUGGCGAUGUAGCUUAGUUUUCAAUUCCAUGGACAAGAUUGUAAGUGUCUUUAUACAUCUGUUGCCAGGACUAGUUUACUUCACGAUCCGAUGGUGGGACCCCGUAUUCUUCGAGGCGAUGCAUCUGGAUGGGGAUGCUCAUAGAGAAUCGUGGCCCUAUGCGUGGCCCUAUGCAGAGACGAAGUCAUACCUGUGGACAUGGCUUUUCUUUGUCCCUUUAGCAGCUUACGUUGUCUGGCAGCUUCUUUAUUUUCUGAUUGUAAAUGUGCUUCGCGGACAGAGACUGCUGCGAGAUCCAGAAGUGAUGACCUCCUACAGGGAGCUGUCGAAAAAAGCACAAAAAGCAAACAACUUAUGGUGGCGGUUGAGCGGGUUGCUGGGAGAUCAGAACCGGCUGUUUAUGUUCAUUCUGCUUCAGGCAGUGUUCACUGUGGCCACAACAGCGCUUACUGUCCCGAUAUUCCUGUCCUACAAAUUACAUGUGACGUUCCAACUGCUCAAGGUAUCUGCGACUAUAUGGAACGGGGGUAACUUCCUUCUAGAAGUGAUGCCCAGACAGGUGAUUCUGAAGCAGAAAAGGAAGACAGAAAUGGGGCCUGUCGUGGUCGAAACUUCUGUGAAAUUGACCGAUGGUUCGAAGGUAACAUUAUCUCAGUAGAAGGUGUACAAUUUGAAGUGUUUGUAAAUCUGGUCUUGUGGUAUACUAUGUGAUCAGAAAUUUAUUUGGUUUCUAUAGAAUUUUCCCUUUUGUUAA